CGAUUGCUACGAGAUCCCGCGAGGAUGGUUUGUGUCAGUAUGGCAGCCAAAAUGAUGUAGGUUGGAGUACUUUGGUCGAGGACAGAGUGGAAGGCUUUACCAUGUGGCGGCAGGUUUUUGUCAUCUGUCUGCUGAUCACCUUGUCUGAUAUCUCAAGAGGAGUUCAGGCAAGCCUAGAGCAUGAGCCAUUUCAAUUCGAAGAUGUUAUCAACAACGCACAGGAGAGAAAUUUAGGAAAUGCAAAUGAACAUAUAAAGGCUGACGUCCCUAGUCAGGCAAAAGAUGUGAAGCCGCCUACGGCUGCAGGCACAGAUCCCAAAGCCCCGGAAACGCCAGCCACAAAUGGCACAACGCACGCUCCACACGGCACCCCGCAGCCUGUCGUUGGAUCAAAGCACAAAAAUAUCAGUCCUCAUCCAUCCAUGUUUGCUGGAACUGAUGUUCUAUUUUUAGUGAUUGUAGCUGCGUGCAGUGUUGCGGGCUUGAUAGGCAUCAUAAUGGCUGGGGUGUGCUGGUACAAAUUGAAUCGCAGUGCGAAGGCUGCCAGUGACGCAGAGUAUCCUGCAUAUGGGGUGACGGGUCCCAACAAGGAGCGCCUGCCCUCGCCCGGGGACCGCAAGCUGGCCCAGAGUGCACAGAUGUAUCACUACCAGCAUCAGAAGCAGCAAAUGAUCGCCAUGGAGAAAGCCAAUGGUGAAAUGAAGCAUGAUGCUUCUGAUGAGGAGUCGGAGGAGGAGAAUGAGGAGGGAGAUUACACAGUGUACGAGUGCCCUGGACUCGCGCCGACAGGGGAGAUGGAGGUUAAGAACCCCUUGUUCAGCGAUGAGACGCCGGUCACGCCCAGCGCUGGUGAUGCAGAAAAGGACGGGGAAAACUAGACCACUCUGUCUUAGCAAAUACACUGUUGUCAUGGCAACCAUGAUGUAACCACUUGUGCAGUUGUGAUGUCAUUUUCUGCCUAGUCAAGGGUCAACAGCAAGUCUACAGAUGUCAUCAACAGAUUUGUGAUGCCAUCAAAAUAGAGAUCUUUCCACAGGCUCCAUUGUUUUUCUGAAUUCUCAUGUACAGGAAAGCUGUCGGAAAUGCAACCUGGUCUUUAGAAAGUGCCAUGAUUUCAUUUGAAGACUGCGGACAAAUUCAGCAUUUAGAAAAUGGUUGCCAUGACAACAGUGUUUGAUAAUCUUUGUGCUGUCCUGAAUAUAGUUUUGUCCCUUCUUCCUGUUCUAUCAGAUGUUAUCAGAUGUGAUAAUCCUUCUAGCAUUAUCAGUGCUACUUGUCUCAUUACCUUCUAUCAACAUCAGUUUUGCAUGGAAAUACAAGAAUAAUGAAAUCUUUCUCAAAUUAGCGUGUUGUGGCUGAGGUUAUAAAAUUGGUAUAAAAAUGGUGUUAAAAUUGUGUUCCCCCUGCAAGACUCUGUACGUGUAUAUUGUGUUUGGUUGUGAUCUGUCCAUCUUGUAUAGUAAUUCACUGCUAAGUAUAGUGUUUGUGGGAUGAGGGUUGAUGUCGCCCUAUGGGUCGUAGGUUCAGCAUCGUAUAAUUUGGACAUGGGUUGGUACUUCUUCUUCUCUGCAUAGCAAAUCUGCAUAUCUCUGGCAUGAAACAAACAACAUGUAGAGAAAAAAAAAAUGGUUCCGACAUCGAAUUAUGUUCAUAUGCUUUUUUUGGAUUUUUGGUACAGAAAACCAUUUUAUUGCACUUAACAAAUUUACUAUGCAGAAAAGUUCGAUUUGGUUUAAUACAAUCAAAACUAGACUUGUAACAUAGAAGCACAGGCUUAGGUUGAGGGAUAUUCAAUCGACUCAGGGAACCAUGGCCAGAGCUUUCCUCAACCUAACCUUCUGCUACAGCUUUGAAUUUCAAUUACAUUUGAAAAGGUAAAUAGAACUAUCACAGAAAAGGUGAUUCUUUAGAAUAGAAUUUUCUGGCACAGUCAGGGAUGAGAAUUUUCCGCGGAUCCGGGAAUUUCAUAAGGCCAAGAGUCAUUUUGUGAAUCGUCCAAACCCGAUAGAUGCUAAACACCCGGCUAGUUUUCAGAGCUUUUCUCAUAACUUCCUUCUCAUCCCUGCACAGUACUUAGGUAAUGCUUGUGAAAUAGUAUUGGAAGAAUCGUUGAUCCUUAACUUAUUUUGAAGAGUAUAGAUGCAGAAUGUUAAGUUGAUCAUCACACUGUGGCUGUACCUCCUAGUCAAAUGUUUCCUAGUCAUGUACAGCAAGCUCUGGUCCGUGGCCUUCCCUCAAUAUACCAUGGUUCUUGUAAUAGUAAUGGCUGCUCUUACCUAUAUCUGGCAUUGUUUGUCACACACUACAAUCAUUGUUGCUGCAUUGUUAAUGAGUGUAUCUUUUUUCUCUUUGUACUGAGUUGUUCACGGAUAUUCAUGUCACCUUCAAUGCAAAAAAAGAAAUGAAAUGACUAACUUAUUCACAUGGCAACUGUGAAUAGCCGACCAAUAUUAACAUUCCAUUGUUAAGCAUUUUAAAGUUUGAAAUCAUUGACAUAUUUAGUGGAAAAUUAUUGAAACUAUUAGGCCAUUUCAAUAUGUUAAUAUGUGAUUUUAACCAUAAAUAUAUUUUUUCAAUGAAAUAUUAGAAUUCUGGUUUUUCUAUCCAGAGUGUCAUUUACAUGACAGUUUUGCUGACUCAGCUCUUUUAUUUAUUUCCUCUUUUAUUGUUUUAGUUUUAUUGCAAUAUCUUUUCUUUUACUCAACAUCUGUGCAACAUUCCAUAUACACAGUCUGAAGUAUUGUCAGAAUUUUUUCACACUGACAAGAUAGAAUCUCUGGUUCAUUUUAUGAAUUCUUAGUUAAGUAUACUGCUUCGGAAUUAUAUUUAUAUUUUUCUAAAACUUUCUCAUUUUAAUACACUAAUAACUUAAAAAAAUAAAGGUUAUGCCCACAGAAGCCAUUGACAAAGACAUGGCUGCGACCCAUGCUUUAUUGUAAAAACCCAUUUUACCACUCUAUCAAAAGGUGAUGGUCAUUUUGUCUGCCUUUCCCCAUGGGUGAAGAGGAAAGUUAAUUGAUAUCAUGUGUCAAAUUAUUCCAAAAAUCAUAAUUCCUAAAUUCUUUCUUUUCUGUAGAGAUCUUUUUCCAAGCAGUGCAAUAAACUUAAAUCGUUGAUCACGUAGUUCAUUGCUCUUAACGUUGAUCUCUGAUAUUUUGUCAGUACAUGAUUGUGGAGAUGAGGUUUAUUUAUUGGUUGUCAUAGUUACCGUUGUGGCGCGCAUGUGUCACAGCAACAUUGUGUUAGUAGUCUGUAUAAAGCUUUGUUUCAUAUUGCCAUCAUAAGAAACUGUAUAAUUGGGUCUGCAGAUGAAUACAAACUGUAAAUCCGUUCCGUUAAGUACAUUCAUAUGGAAUGACUUGUUUGGAAAUCUCAACAUUUU